AGCCGCGUGAUUCUUCAGUCUCCGAUUAUAUAAAGAGCAAGUAUCAAGAAGAAGAAGAAGAAAGAAAAAAGUAACAAUGGAGAUCAUCACUAACGAGAAGAAGAAACUCUCGAGACAAUUUUCUUCCUUCAGACUAAGGAGCCCGAGUCUAAACGCUCUUCGUCUCCACAGAAUCUUCGACCUUUUUGACAAAAACAGAGACGGAUUCAUCACCGUCGAAGAACUGAGUCAAGCCCUUUCACGACUCGGUCUCGACGUUGAUUUCUCCGAGCUCGAAUCAACAGUCGAAUCAUUCAUCAAACCGGAACAAACCGGACUCCGGUUCGACGAUUUCGCAGCACUCCACAGAACCUUGGACGAAUCUUUCUUCGGAGUAGGCUGCGAGUGCGAUGGAUCUCCGGAAUCAGAUCUCGAAGAAGCUUUCAACGUGUUCGACGAAGACGGUGACGGGUUUAUCUCCGCCGUGGAGUUGCAAAAUGUUUUGAAGAAACUUGGGCUUCCUGAAGCGGGAGAGAUCGAACAAGUGGAGAAGAUGAUUGUCUCUGUUGAUAUCAAUCACGAUGGUCGCGUUGACUUUUUCGAGUUCAAGAACAUGAUGCAAACCGUUCUUGUUCCUUCCUCUUAAAUCUUGAGACAAGAAAUUUCUCUCUUUUGAAUUGCAAAACAAUCUGAAGAUAAUCUCUUGUGUAAUGGUUUAUUUACAAAAAAAAUCAAAUUAUGUUCUGAUUUAAAUCAAA